AUGGCACUAUCCCGUAGGACUCCGCAAUCUUCUCAGGGCGAUGCACCAGAGAUCGCCAGAGCGAUUGAAGCAAUGGUAGCUGCUAUGACGCAGCAAAGUACGACGAUGAUGCAACAACACGAAGCAUCAAUGCAGCGACAAGCGGCAACACUCGAGCAGCAACAGCUGGUGAUGCAGCAGAUGGAGGCUCCUAGGGCGGCUGUUGAGGACGCUCACAAGCAACAUAUGGAGGCCCUCCGCCAAUUGGAGGAGAACAGGGUGGCUGCCCCUGCUUUUGGCCCAAAGCCACGAUCUACAGUCCGGGAGUGGAGUCUGGAAGACUUUCUGAAACACCACCCGGUGAAGUUUGGAGACAAGACCAGUCUGGACGCAGCAGACCAGUGGCUGAAGGACUUGGAGAGGAUAUUUGAUGCCAAGAUGUGCCCAGAGAAGAGUAGACGAGCAUUCGCGGUGUAUAUGCUCACAGGUGAGGCUGAGCACUGGUGGGUCAGUAUGAAGUCAAUGAUGGAGGAGAGACAGGAGCCAGUUGCUUGGGAUGUCUUCAGGAGGAAGUUCCUUUCCGAGUACUUCCCUGACAACGUCAAAUACACUAAAGAGGUAGAAUUCUUGCAAUUAACCCAGGGAAGCAAGUCUGUGGCUGAGUAUGUGGAAAAGUUCAAACACCUUAGUCGUUUCUACACCAUGCCACUGGACGAAGAGUGGCGAUGCUGGAAGUUCGAGAACGGCCUUCGUGGAGACCUUCGUUUGAUGGUGGUCCUGCUAUCCAUCAAGGAUUUUUUCGCCUUGGUGGAGAAGGCGAGGGUCAUGGAGAAGAUGAAGGUAGAGGUGGAGACUCAGCACUCAUCCCAACAGAGAGUGGGAGGACCAUCUAGGUCCAGGCACAGGCACGAGGAGAGGAAGAAGCCCUACACUAGGCCCUAUUUCCAGUCUCAGGGGUCUAGGGAGUCUUCUUCUCAGCAGAACAGGAUUCAGUGCUACCAGUGUGGGGGACCGCACAAGAGGAAUGUUUGCCCCCAGCUUGCAGGCUUCAAGAAGUGCAACAAUUGUGGCAAUGAGGGCCACUUUGGGAGGGACUGCCCCACCCUUGCUAGAGCAGUGACGCGACCGCCAGUACAGGCUCCUGCACAGAACCAGCAGAGGCUCAGAGGCAACAGGCCUCAGGCGACCGGCAGAGUGUAUGCCAUGACCGGAGUGGAGGCUGCAGGCUUAGACUGCCGAGAAAAGAGCCUGUUAUUCCCAGACUCGGAGGUGCCUAAGUUGUUAUCGUCCCAAGGGGUUCUGAAGGAACUGCGUGGUGGUGCGUAG